GUUUUUGUAAUGUUUUCCUUCCCAACCAUUGUAAUGUCUUUUCUCUUCAAAUUGACUUGCUGGCAGGAUGGGCCCUCUGAUGCUUUCCAACUUUAGUAUGCUACUUGUGUUCUUUGUAAUUUUUCAUACAUUGGCUGCUGACCCAAGGAUUUUAUGGACUGGUGGGGAGGUGACAGCACUGGAAAGUGGGAAAAAAAGUCAGCGUGAGCGAACUGAGAAAUCGAGGCAAGAUGUCGUUCAUGUAUUAUCUGAUCCAAGCAAAACUUAUCCUGGAGGUUACUUAUUCCAAGUAACUUUUGGAGUAAAGUUUGAAGGUGACAAUUUCAAGGAAUUUGAAGGAUUUGAGAGAAGGGUUGCAAGAUCGAUUGAAAAUCUGGUUAAACACAAGUUUUCAACAUUUUCUCCUUCACUUAAGAAAUUACACCUUCAUAGUACUGAGAGAAUCGAUGCUGCAGUUCUGUUCUUGACCUAUUGGCUGUAUUUCAAUCCUGGCGGACAGGACAUCCGUGGUCAACUGGAAACUCGCCUAAACCAACUGAAGGCUAGGCGUGUAGCUAAUCUCCGACAUGGAAAAGCCACACUGUUUUUCAAAUCAGUUGAAGAUGUGGAUGAAUGUUCCUCUGGACUUUCAAUGUGUGAUCCUCGAGCUGAUUGUUUCAAUGCCUUUGGUUUCUAUUCUUGUCAAUGUAUAGAGGGAUUUGAAGACCAUUCACUAAAUGGUUCUGGCAUUGACUGUGUCAAGAAUGAAAAAUCAGUAAUAAACCUCAUUCUCCCUCUGGAAGGAGGUCCUAUGCGCUCUCUCGGACACUUGCAUGUGAAACAUCAGCAUCAAAAGCCUGAACUGAGUCCAGGACUACUACCACCAGCAUCUUUCAAAAGAUUCCAGCAAAUGGACAUGGUUCAUGAGACAUGGCAGAGGAUUCACACAAAGAACUUGUUCCAGGCUGAAGCAGCAGAACUUGCUUUGCAGCAGCAUCCUGGGAGAGAACAGCCAACCACUAAUUCCCAGCUCAUUCCUGAAUUAGCAGCACUUGCUACGGGGAGCAAGAGCCUCUCUAUCAAACACCAGGCAGCAGGCCUUUCACAUAUUCAUCUGGGGAACACUGCAGGCCCCCAGGGACCCUACACCGCCAAUCCACAGCGCCUCUUUACUGCAGUGCACUUCACAACACUCUCUGGCAUAGUGAGGCCUUCUCAGGCUCAGCCUCACUUACCUGGACCAUCACCUCUGAAACCAGCCAGAAGUCUACAGAUGUCCACAGCUACUUCUGAAUGGCUCAAUCCUCAAGUCCAACACAAUGGGGAUAUUCCACAACCUUCCAGGAUUAAAAGGAAUCCAGUUAUUUGUAAGUUUGACAAAUUGGGCCACUCUGCUCCAUUUCAGUGGCAAAUCAGCUACUCAGCUGCUUCUUCAGGAUUCUGGUCUCUUCCUGUAAGCCCCUUUCUGGGGGAAGUAAAUCCUACAGGGAAUUUCUUCCCAACUGACACACUCCUAAAACCACGAGUUGAAAAUUAUUCUAGAAGCAGAGUAAAGCUGAGCUCUAAUUCUGAUCCUCGGAACGAUAUCUCCAAUUCCAAGCAUCUAGCCAUUAAUCCUGUAAAUAAUAAUAUUAUCCCCAGAACUACCCAACCUGUUCAAACUCCCCAGAGGAAGUAUUGGGGGAGUUCUGUGUGUUCUGAUGCAAUGAUCACAAGCCUGUUAAAUUGGCUUCUCCCUACAGAAGAACAGGGAGAAAAGCAAAACGUUGGUGUCCGGUCUGAAGAUUCAGAGGUCUUCAUUGGUAAUGUUGAUACUCCAAGUCUUCAUAUGCAAAGGACACAUUUGUUAGAAAUCUCAUCAUCUAGCCACAUACCGAAUGAAAUCAAACACAGGGUGCUCUGUGACCCUAAAAACGCAACUGGACCUGGCAAUGAUAAAAUGAGUGAAUCUGCAUUGACCUGUUUGGAUGGGAUGUUGCUAACUCCUUCAUUAUACAGUGACUUAGGGACAAUGCCUGAAAGCCAGAAUUUGUAUAGUGAUGGUUUUUUUCAGACUGCACAUCAAACCCACGAAAUGGAACUUCAAGUGAUCAUACCAACCCACGUAGACAUAACUUCCAGAGCAAAUUCCACUGUGGUGACUGGAAGGGAGCCCCUGAUUUACGGAGGAGACCAGCGAACAAACAGUGUGUGGAGUUCUAGCCUCCUUUUGGCUGCCCAAUGGGCUGUGGAAGUUACUACCAAUCAGAUUGAUGGAACCAGCCUUCUAGAAGCUGCCUAUCCAGUGGAUCCAUCCACCACCAUUUUGCAGACGCCAACAUGGACAACAGUAGCACCAAAACUACACGAAGAUAUUGGUCACUUAUUGGCGGUAUCUAUUGGAAUUGAAUUGGUAAAUGUUGUUUACAAGAACCUUCAGCAUUUAAAGAGGAGACUUCUACAAUCAGUUAAGGCUGUGUUAACAGACACGCUGGCAUCGUUUUCUCCACCACUUAAAAAAAUCCUCCUUCAAGGAGUUCAAAGGAUAAAUUCUUCAGGUUUUGCCUUUGAUUAUGAGCUUUACUUUGGUGUCAAUGGAGAGAACAUCUCCCACUCACUACAGAUUCGCUUGAAUAAGUUGUUGAACAAGUCGGUGGUAAACCUAAGGAAUGGAAGAGUCUACUUGUCUUGGGUUUUAGUUGGAGAUGUUGAUGAAUGUCAAUCUGAAAUUGGAGCAUGUAGCAAGGAAGCAAAAUGCCUGAAUACUGUUGGCUCCUAUUUCUGCCAGUGUGAAGGUGAUUUUGAAGAUCGUUCAUUGGGACACAGUAGAGUUUGUAUUGAUCCAUCAGAAUCAGAUCCUAGUUUUUGGUCUUCGUUUGGUUUGCAGGAAACCCUAAUUGGUUCUGCUAUAUGUGCAUUCCUGCUCACAGCUAUGAUGUUGAUUCUGUGCUUUGUAGUAUACAAAAGAUCACAGAACAAGUACUUCAGAGCUUGUGACCUAAAUCUAGGUGUGGUGCCUACAAGGGUUCCGUUGUCAUUAUCAGAUGAGUUGGUAAGUGAGGAGUCACUGUUCACUGUACCCCACAGGGUUUCCAGUUAUAUAUCGUUCACAAAAUUUCAACCAAUACCUGAAGAUUCAAAUGGACAGGAAAUUGAUUAUGAGAUGACCAACCCAUAUGAAAUGAAACCCCAGCCUGCAUUUAAAACAUUUCACUUGUAAAAGGCCAAAUUCCAUUUCAGUUUCUUGGAAUUCAACAUACUCAU